AUGCCGGAAGGCGACAUGGCUUCCAUGGCGCAGGGCGCCGGCAACAACUCGAGCGACUUUGUUCGCAAGUUAUACAAGAUGCUGGAAGAUCCAGCCUACAGUGAGGUGGUGAGGUGGGGCAACGAAGGCGACAGCUUCGUCGUUCUCGAGAAUGAGAAAUUCACCAAGACGAUACUGCCCAAGCAUUUCAAGCAUAGCAACUUUGCAAGCUUCGUUCGACAACUCAAUAAAUACGACUUCCACAAAGUCAGGCAUAAUGAGGAGAAUGGGCAAUCGCCAUAUGGUGCAUCUGCCUGGGAGUUCAAGCACCCCGAGUUUCGAGCCGACAGGAAAGACAACUUGGACAAUAUUCGACGAAAAGCGCCAGCACCUCGAAAGGCUCAGGCCCCCGAGGAACAGUUUGGGGUCUCUAACCAACAGGUCAUUGUCCUCAGUGAGACACUAGCCGCAACGCAGCAACAGGUUCAGCAACUUCAAGAAUCGUAUCACGAAAUUAUAAACGCGAACAAAAUUUUCGUAGAUGAAAUACUCCACCUCCAGAAACUAGUUCGCGCGCAAAACCAGGUGCACAACGAGCUAAUCAACCAUUUGAAUAAAGUUGAGCAGGAAAGGAGAGAAACCCGAAACUCGAAUAAUUCGUCUUCUUCGUAUGCUUCCAACACAGGUCUUUUAUCGGACGGCUCUGAGUCGCCUCUCGAACUACGCCGUGCCCGUGAUAUUCUUAACGGCCUUCAGGUAGACCACGUCGCGGAUCGAGAUUUGAAUCGAAUGUCAGUCCAAUUACACCAAGCAGGUGGUUCCCCCGAGUCCGCUGGAUCUUCCGGAAUGAUGGGACCGCCUGGCGUAGGCGGCGGCGGCGUCAACCCCUUCUUGCAUGACCCUCUUAAUGAUAUGCGGCACCUUGUGUAUCCGGUCGGCCAGACGAUAGGCAUCGACCCUUUUGCUGCUGAGCAUAUUAACAAUCUUCCAUACAACAGACCUAUGCAGGAUAAUGCAAUGGGCCCGGGCCAAGAGUUUAAUCAACCACCGAUGCAUUCCCAGACCCCACCAGGAGGUGCACCACAAAGCGGUUCAGCGUGGGGAUCGAAGAAACCCGUUGUGCUUCUAGUAGAAGAUGAUAGGACAUGUGCUCGAAUCGGCUCAAAAUUCCUUGCACAGUAUGAUUGUGGUGUAGAGGUUGCACGCGAUGGUCUAGAAGCUGUGAAUAAAGUCAACGCCAAGCAUCACUACUAUGAUCUGAUUUUCAUGGAUAUUAUCAUGCCCCAGCUUGAUGGCGUCUCGGCAACGGCUAUGAUCCGCGAGGUGCAGCCGAAUACGCCUAUCAUUGCCAUGACGUCUAAUAUCAAUCAGCAGGAUCUUGAGAUGUAUUUCCAUUGGGGCAUGCGAGAUGUUCUGGCCAAACCUUUCACCAAAGAAGGAAUGAUUGGAAAAUUAAGGAAACACCUCGUCAACCUCCUGCGAAAUCCUCCCCCAGAGAGCAUGAUGGAAUCGAUGUAUCCGAAUGGAGCUCCUGGCCAGCCACCAACACCAGGUCCGUACUCGAAUCAAGGAAUGGGGAUGGCCCCGCUCUCGGCAGCGUCGUCGGGACCCGUUACCAAAUUUGAUACCACUCCAAUACAAUCGCCGGCCACGAGCGCUUCAUGGCACUCUCCUAGCCAAAUGCCGCACGCCUCGCCGACAUUGGCUCAAGAUCAAGGGUAUCUCGGCGCAGGUAGCGGCUCCCAAAUGGUACUGACCCCGGGCGGAACGCAAAAACCGCAGUAUGCGAAUACGAUGAUACCACAAAUGAAUAUUCCCCCCUCGCAAAGGAUGUCCGAGAAUAUGCAACGCUCAGAAGGGCCACCCGAGAAGCGACAGCGAUUAUACACAACACAGGGUAGUUAUAAUCAAUGA